AUGGCCGACUUCAAAGAUGACAUUGGCUGGUACGUUUGGUUCACCGAGUUGAGCAUUGUCCCGCCAGAAUACCGUUAUAUUCUCCGCAUCAUAUCCGGCUUCUUUAUAACUCUCGCCCUUGCGCCCAUCAUUCCCGUUAUUCUCCUGGUUAUCUACGACUUCUCACUCUGGUUGUGGAGGCUCUACAGUGCCAGCCACGGCAUGGCUCGCCGAGACGGCCAAAAGCCUUCCACAGACGUUGAUGUUUCCGGGUUAUCCGGGACUUCGAUACCCGAGAGCUCGAGAAUAAACGGCACGCUCAAGACAGGCGGAACAGGACGAGUGGGUUAG